UCUCCCUCUGUUUUGUCUGCUCCUCCAACAAUUAUUAUUACUGUAAAAAUCACGCGGUCUCUCAAUCCUCUUCGUCUCCUUCCUCGCUUCUCCUCUCCUCCAAAUAUUGAAUAAAUAAGAUUGACGGAGAGAGGGGGGGAAGAGGAAGCAAUGACGGGGAAAGAGGCGAUGGAUAGUGCCUUCCUCUUCUCCAUGAGUAAAGCGUUCUGUAGUCCUCUCGCUGUUUUUAUUCAGAUCCAGGGAUGUGCAAUUUGCUUACUUCUGGCUCUUGGGUGGGCUUGUGCUGCCUAUGUCAGGAAUAGAGAGAUCAAACGGAUAAAAGAUAGUAUGAGAGCUGGCAACAGCUUUUCAUUUCUUUGCCAUGACAUUACUGAACUUGAGCACUCUUAUCAGACCAAUCUGCCUAGGGUUACAGUAGUUAUGCCUUUAAAGGGGUUUGGAGAACAUAAUCUGCACAAUUGGAGAAGUCAAGUAACAUCUCUUUAUGGAGGUCCGCUAGAAUUCCUUUUUGUUGUGGACAGUACAGAAGACCCUGCUUACUAUGCUGUUUCUAGCUUGAUAUCAGAUUUCAAGGAUAGUAUCGAUGCUAGAAUUGUUGUAGCUGGCUUAUCAACGACCUGUAGUCAGAAAAUUCACAACCAGUUGAUUGGUGUGGAGCAAAUGCACAAAGACAGCAAGUAUGUAUUGUUUUUGGAUGAUGAUGCUAGGCUGCACCCUGGUUCAAUUGGUGCCCUAACUGCCGAGAUGGAAAAAAAUCCUGAGAUAUUUAUUCAAACUGGCUAUCCUCUUGAUCUACCUUCUGGGAGCUUAGGAAGUUACUGCAUCUAUGAAUAUCACAUGCCUUGUUCGAUGGGGUUUGCCACUGGUGGAAAAACAUUCUUUCUAUGGGGUGGUUGCAUGAUGAUGCAUGCUGAUGAUUUUAGGUAUGACCGCUGUGGUGUGGUAUCUGGUCUUCGAGAUGGUGGAUAUUCAGAUGAUAUGACUCUUGCAGCUUUAGCAGGGGCUCAUAAGAGGCUCAUUACAUCUCCUCCUGUUGCUGUUUUUCCUCACCCCCUUUCUAGUGAUCUUAGCUUUUCAAGGUACUGGAAUUACUUGAGGAAGCAAACAUUUGUUUUAGAAUCAUAUACAUCUAAGGUUAACUGGAUAAUGAACCGUGCAUUAUUUUCUUCUCACUGCUAUUUAUCAUGGGGAUUCGUAGUGCCAUACUUGAUGGCCAUGACCCAUGUUGCAGCGGCACUGCAAAUCUAUAUCCAAGGAUAUGCACGUGAGGAAACUACAUUUGUUUCUAAUGGGUUGUUACUAGUCACCUGCCUAGCUGCAUGCACCUUUAUAGAACUUUUUUCAAUGUGGAACUUGACGAGGAUAGAAGUUCAACUAUGCAACAUGCUUUCUCCUGAGGCACCCCGACUCUCCCUUGCUACUUAUAACUGGGUCCUAGUAUUUAUUGCAAUGCUUGUGGAUAACUUCUUAUAUCCAAUAUCUGCAUUCCGUUCCCAUUUUUCUCAGUCUAUCAAUUGGUCUGGUAUCCGGUACCACUUGAAGGAUGGAAAGAUAAGCAAGAUUGAAAGAAGUACGGGCCCCAAAUACACAGACCUAGCGUGGAAAAAAUUAUAUGGGAAGAAGGGAGCUCCUCCCAAAACAUCAUUUCUUGGUGCUUUGCUUAGAAGUUUGGAACAGUGGCGACAACCUAAGAAAUUUGAUGGCUAGAGUUCAGGAGUAUCUUGUGAAUUCCUUGGCCGCCUUUUAAGAUCUGGUGGGUAGUUAAGGUUUGGGUAACAAAUAUUUUUGGUGGAUUAAAUUGUACUCUUGGAUAGGUUGGAUUAGUCAAUGAUUGAUUGAUUUUAGUAAUUUAGGAAUUCAGUCUCAUUUUUUGAUUCCUCCAUUCAAUCAAAUUUGAUUCUUCAUCUCCCCUCAGUCUGGGUUGAUUUUGUAACAUGCACACAUUUGUUUUGCCCUAAGAUGACAUUUAUUUGUAUUCGCUGCAGUUUGCAAAA